AUGGACUUUAUGAAACCAGAAACUGUACUUGAUCUUUCCAACAUUCGUCAAGCAUUAGUGAGGAUGGAAGAUACUAUUGUGUUUGAUUUAAUCGAAAGAUCUCAAUUUUUCAGCUCACCAUCAGUUUAUGAAAAGAAUAAAUAUAAUAUCCCCAACUUUGAUGGAACUUUUUUAGAAUGGGCCUUAUUACAAAUGGAAAUUGCCCAUUCUCAAAUUAGACGUUAUGAAGCACCAGAUGAAACUCCAUUUUUCCCAGACCAAUUGAAAACCCCAAUUUUACCACCAAUUAAUUAUCCUAAAAUAUUGGCCAAGUAUUCUGAUGAGAUUAACGUGAAUUCAGAAAUAAUGAAAUUUUAUGUUGAAGAAAUUGUGCCGCAAGUGAGUUGUGGAGAAGGAGAUCAAAAGGAAAAUUUGGGUUCGGCAUCUACUUGUGACAUUGAAUGUUUACAAGCUAUUUCAAGAAGAAUCCAUUUUGGUAAAUUUGUAGCAGAAGCAAAGUAUCAAAGUGAUAAACCAUUAUAUAUCAAGUUGAUUUUGGAUAAAGAUGUUAAGGGAAUUGAAAAUUCAAUUACUAAUAGUGCAGUGGAACAGAAAAUCUUGGAAAGAUUGAUUGUCAAGGCUGAAAGUUAUGGAGUUGAUCCAUCAUUGAAAUUUGGACAAAAUGUACAAAGCAAAGUGAAACCAGAAGUAAUUGCAAAAUUAUAUAAGGAUUGGAUUAUUCCAUUAACCAAAAAAGUCGAAAUUGAUUAUUUGUUAAGAAGAUUGGAGGAUGAAGAUGUGGAGUUGGUGGAGAAGUAUAAGAAAUAA